GAUUCAAGAAUUUUACGUUGGACGGACGCCUUGAUGCACAAAUAAAAUUUUUAAAACAAAUCGGGUGCAACGGCCAGUCGCGCAAACAGUGGCUCAAAUCGCUGGAUUUUAGCACGGGAAAAUUAGAAAAAAAAUACGAAAAAUAUAGUGCGACCGACGGGGUGUUUUGAAAAAGUGUUAAAGGUCGAAAAGUGCAGGCGACACUGCAGUUCGGGGUUCCUUUGAAAAAGAGCAUCUCCAAGUGGUUGACAAACCAGUUAAAUCACAGCCACUUUUUAAGGAGUUACCCAUUUGAGAAUAUCAAUCCGCCAUGGGUCUCAACGGCUGCUGUUCGUGUGUCAAAUAUCUGAUGGUCCUUAUAAACAUUUUAUUCUGGCUCAUCGGACUGACCAUCGUGGUGACCUCCGUUUGGAUGCUGACCGAUCCCACAUUUAUGCUGUCGAUGACACAAAACUACAAUCAUUAUCACAUAGCCCUGUAUGUUUUCCUGGCCAUCGGCAUCCUGAUCACAUUGGGCGCAUUCUUUGGCUGUUGCGGAGUUUGUCGGGAGUCGCAAUGUCUGCUGGUUUCGUUCUUCUGUGUCAUACUCAUCGUGAUGGUGGCACAAAUCGCAGCCGGGGCAUGGGCCUUCCACAACAAAGACAAGCUGGAUGACAUCGUGCGGGCGGCAGUCAAGUCGUCAGUCCAGGAGGAGUACGGCCAGUCCACCAUGAGUUCACGCACCGUCACCUUUGAUACGCUGCAGAAGAAUCUGAAAUGCUGCGGUGCCGAUGGACCUGGAGAUUGGGCCACGAGUCGUUUCAAUAAUGUGGAUCGCACAAAUAUUGUGGAGAUCGCCGUGUCUUCCAUGAAUGUCUUCUAUAACAUACCCGAGUCCUGCUGCAAGGAUAAUUUGAAGGAUAACGAGUGUGAGCUGUCGCGACGCUUGAAAUUUGGCGGCCCCUUGAACAACGCUAUUUAUCAGCAGGGCUGUGUGGACAAGCUGAUUGAGAUCAUCUACGAGAACUGGGUCACCAUUUUCGCCGUCACCGCUGCUGUCAUUCUGCUGGAGCUGCUGUCCCUGACUUUCGCCCUGAGCCUCUGCUGCGCGGUGAGGAAUCAGCACUACAAGGCCUGAGAAUUACAGAACUCCCAUAGGGAAAUCACGGACGAUGAGAAGUACUAACAAACCAAAUCGAAACGGAUGCAUAGCGAGCGUUAUUACUGAAGACGUGCGAAUGGGGAAAAGCAUUUAGCAGCGAGGGCUAGCGAGAUAAUGUACGGUGUUCCGUGGUCAAUACUUUAACAACACAACUGACGACAGAAACAACACACUUUUGUAGUACUUUUAACAACAAGACAAGCGAAAACAACACGAGACAGCUGAGCAAUUGUAUUAGAGAUGAGGCAACCAACAUUUUGGAAUUUGUGAAAAGUUUUUAAAGCACAAUCCACAGGAGUCUCGCACACAGCGACUUUAUAUGAACUUGAUACGCCAGGAGAGCAAAAACAUACAACUCUUUUUUAACAGAAUAUUUCUACCACAAAAAAACACAGACAGUAAACUUCAUAUAUGUACGAACAACAUAGGCAGCUCCAUAAUACUUAGCCUAGCGAAAAAAUUUUGAAUUCAUAGAUACAUACUAUAUAUUAAAUAUAUAGAUCAAAGCAUAAGCACAAAAAUAUAAUGUUAAAUGCCAAAACAAAUGGAAAAUUGUAAAAAAGAAAUCAAGCAAAUUUCUUUUAAGAUUUGUUUCCUCCCAUAAGACUCUUGAAUCAAAUACUUAUUUGUUUUUUUUUUAAUGUGGCCAUUUUUGUAUGCUAACACCAUGCCAAAAGAGAUAUAAAAUCAUAUGCACGUAUGCAACAUAUGAUAAUAGCAUUCCACAAGAAUGAGAAUGAUUGACAGAUUUUUGUUCUGGUUAAAACGCAUUGCCAUCCAAAGACCCAGCCGAAAAUAUAUUUUCAAAUCACUUCUGAACCUUGUGCAAAAUGUUGUGCUAAAAUCGAAUACCAUUCAAUUCGUAGAGCUUCGCGAAAUUAAAUGCCAAAUAUUUUAUGUAUUUACAAAAUUGUAAUUUAAUUUAUUUAUCACCUAUUUAUUUGAGCAUAAGCAAUGAGCAAAAGCAAAACGUUAGGAAAUUAUAUGUAAGUGUUGGCCAUUCUGUUGACAAACAGCAUUCUGUAUAUUUACUCCUUAAACUAUCCCCAAACAGUAUAAUGGUCAAUAUGAUCUUACGUCUAUCUUAAAUAGAUGGGUACAUUUGUAUAACUUUGCAGUUACUUUUACCAUUUUAGCGAUUGUACUGCGAUUGAAGAAACAAUUUGAUCUGGUAAAUUAUUGUAAGAACUGCAAGAAGAUACAGAUUAGUCCGAGUGAUCAUUGACCAUGCUGUGCACAACCUUUAAAAUCACACACACUUAAAACGAAUUUUGUCGAAUCCAACUUACCUGCAUCGAAAUAUAUUUGAUUUUUCCCGCCUCGUGCAAGGGGAACUAUUUAUAUGGGAAACCGUUGAAGCAGCACAAAAUGUUAAAUGAAUAGUACACACGAACGAAACAAAAAGUCUCUAUAUUUACAUUGUAUUUUUACCAUACACCAUAAACUAAUUGAAGGAUAUAUAUUUUUUGUAACAUUUUCAUUUUAUUGUUGUUAUAUGUGAAUUUUGUUGUUAGUUAAGCGUAGCCUGAACGUCACACUUUGUACCCCUUCACAACGUUUAAAUAAAUUAAAUCUACAAAAAUCAACAUAAGGACAAAAUUAUAUUAAAUUUACAAAAACAAAUCGCAAUAAAUAUAUAUUGUAUUUAAAUUUACACAUUAAAGUAAAUUAUUUAUUUUAACAUUUCUUAGUAAGUAGUUACGUGCGGAAUUUCAUGGAGUUAAAACACAUAAAAGUAAUAAAGUUUUAGGCUAAGAAUUAAACCUCAUAAAAUCAACGUUCAUCUGUUGGAAUUGUAGCAAAACAUUGGAAUAUUUAGGAAAUAAAAACUUCAAAAUUAAAUGUUCUCUAAACAUUAAGCAGAAUUGAACGUAGCUAAAAAUAUAUACAUAUAUAGCAUAAAACUCCAUCAGCAUCUAAAAUCAAAACCAAAAUAAGUAAAGCAUCUACUCUUCAAACAAAGAUACAAUCAACUCAGCAUCUUCAUUACAUACGGAAAAUACACAGUUUGUAUGAAAUAGAAGUGCACAUUUAGCAGGCAUCUAACAUAAAAUCGGAAAAAUUAAGCAAUAUGAACGAUGCUCAAGAUCUGUAUUUAACAACAUAAUACCUACAAAAAAGGUUCAGAUAACACUCAAUCAUUAUUGAUAAUUGAGAUAAAUUAUAGAAAACCUCAGCAUACAAACUGAUAUUUCAAAUAAAUAAACAAUACAAUAAAUCCAAAA